AAGCCAUGAACGGAUACGCCAACCACACAGUAUCCCGGGUCGCGAUCGUUACCGGUGCCUCGAAGGGCAUCGGGCGCGACAUCGCAUUGCGGCUCGCAGACGACGGUCUGGAUGUGGCAAUCAACUCGCGCAAUGCCGCAGAGCUCGAAGUAGUCGCCGAAGAAAUCCGAGCAAAGGGUCGCAAGGCACUCCCAAUCGUAGGCGACGUCUCGGACGAAGAAAUCGUCAAAGGCAUGGUCGAGAAGACAGUAGAGGUGCUUGGGAGACUUGACGUCAUGGUGGCGAACGCUGGCACCGCCGUCGUGUCUCGGGUAGUUGAUAUGACAUUGAAGGACUGGAACCACUGCAUGGACAUCAACCUAGCUAGUGCAAUGCUCUGCUACAAGUACGCUGCCCGCCAGAUGAUCAAACAAGGAGAGGGAGGGAGAAUCCUCGGGGCAUCGUCCAUACUCGGAAAGAAGGGUGGUCCCGAGGUCGCCGCGUAUGUUGCAACGAAGUUUGCGAUCCGAGGCCUCACACAGUGCCUUGCUAUCGAGCUCGCUCCCCACAAGAUUACAGUCAACACGUAUGCGCCAGGGGUGAUCUUGACACCAAUGACCAACAUUGACGUUCUAGACAAACAAUAUGGGGGCACUCACGGGGCAUUCACAAAGCAUGUCUGCGGCAUAGCAGCAGAUGGCCCUCAUUCAUCCGGCGACACCGUCGCCAGUCUAGUGUCAUAUCUGUCAAAGCCUGAGGCCCAUUUCAUCACAGGACAAUCCAUUGUCAUGGACGGAGGCGUUAACCUCAGUUAAACUUCACAGAUGGUAUGGUCGAUGUUCGGUAUUCAACACUACAUAAACUUCAUAUUUACACAUACUAUGCUGUCUUCUAUUUACUAAGACUCAGAGCACGGGGCAUCCUUCGCGAUGCAUGGAUAAUUGUAGCUUCCUGUGUGCGCACUCAUCGCCA